AUGGACGAAAUGCAUCUCUCCCCCCUGAAAGAGAAUAGACUGUUCAAGUGUGCCUUUGCCGUUGUCGGCAUAAUGAGCACUCUCCUCGUCUACGGGAUCUUGCAGGCGAGUUCCGUCUCAGAGCUUUAUUUUUUACGCAGAUAACGCUUCGUUCCACUGAUUUUGAUCCUUUCCCUCGGGAGGAGGGGGAUCGGUGCCUUUCACCUGUCUUCUGGGACUAGUUCAUUCAUUUUGUGGGUGGAUGCUAUCUUGGGAUUGAGGUGCGGGAUUAGUCGAAUCAGCCAGCUUUGGGUUUUUUUUCCUUUCUCCGCAGAUUAUUUUGAUGAGUUGGGAACACGUUCUCUCAUAUUUAAGAAGACAGAAACCGAUCUUGUUCAACAAAUGUUUAGAUUUUUCAGUCACAUUUCAGAUGUAUCCAAUUUUCUAUUUUACACCGUCGCUAUGUAGCUCACUAUUCUGGUUUCCGACAAGUAUUUCACAUCUCGUGUACUUUCGGGAAAUUACCUCAAUGAUAUUCUUCAGCGUAGCGGUGCCCUGGGUGAAAUUGUGGUUCUUAUUUUCGCAACUGAAAAUGAACUUGAAUUUAUGCUUCAGAGACUUUACACGAUUGUUUCUUGUUUGGAUCCGUAGGAUCUUAUUACCGCUACUGAAAAUUAACUUGAACUUGUUAUACAGGGAUGAUUCAGAGUAUUUGCACGAUUUUUUCUUGUUUGGAUCCGUAAGAUCUGCGUGAAACCACAAUUUGCCAUUGCAUAGGUGUAGUAAAUGCUCCACGUUUCUUUUUAGAGGUUUGGACUUCAAAGGAACCCUGAAUGGAUUGGCAUAAAUUAUGCCAUUGCAUGCAAAACGAGACUCUUUUAAAGGCUCUCAUCUGUACAGAGUAUCAUCAUAUGUGACGUGUACGUUUUAUCAUUUCACUGCAAGCCUAAAACAAAGGACCGUAAAGCUUUGGGUGUUUCAUAGAAAUUCAUCGCCGUCAUGAUUUUGCUCUACUUUUCAUCCUAACAAUCUGAUGGGAAUCUAAACAUGGCCACAAACGGUCAUGCAUAUUUCUCUACUAGACUGUCAGUAUGAAGUCUAUCUGUUGUACUAAGGCAUGACCAACAUAGGGCUUUUUCUAAAAGCCCUGACUAACGCUGCUUAGUGGACCUCUGAAGGAGUAUAAUAAUCAAGUUGUCAAACGCAAUAGAAGUAGUAUUGUUAGCAUACGCGAAACACAGUGUAAAUAGGUUCAGGUGAAUUAGAAAGGUACGUGGUGGGAAGAGGACGUAUUAGGAAAUAAAAGAAGUGGAAUAUAAAAGGAAAACUAGUCUAUGUCGAUCAUGGCAGAAAUCUAGCAGGAAAAAUCAUUUGAAGGGAAAAUUCUGAAUGGGAGCAUAGGAACGUAAUGAAGGGAAGGAUAAAUCAUUUUUUUAAUCCUUUGAACAGCCUUAGGGCACUUUCCUGUGGCGUUGAAUCAAUCAUGCACUUCUUAAUCUGGAUAUUUCUAUUAACUUCUAAAUUUUUGUAGGUUUUUCUUUUGUGCUCGCUUAACAACUUCACUUAUCUAAAUCCUUGUGGGUGGGGUAUGCACUCAGAUGGAUAAUUCUCCAGUAAUGUGUUGUUAUUUUUGGUCUAUAAUCCACGUAGUCAGGCCAUUUUGACUGGUUUGGCAGUAUGUGCCAUUUUGGUCCCACUCUCCCUCCAUGGUUUUUAAUCUCUUCUUCUAUCAUUCUAACCUUUGGAGUCUUACACGUCCAUCUCAACACCACUGCCGUUGUUGACUUUUCUUUGCUCUUAUUGGCCUUUUCUUAAGUCCCGUCUCCAGCCCCCACACCGUUUUUCCCCCUCAAGAUUUUAAUGCUCUUAAGGUGUGACCGGAGCUCUAUACCCUUCAGUGGAUUUGUAUUUAUUCUUGUUCAUGUCUUUUCCACAAGUGCCCAUUUUCCUCACAAGUGAACUAGAAAUCUUUGAAGUCUUCAAGUGACACUGGACUAGACAGAGUUUAGAAAUCCUCAGCCCUUUGACGUCAAUAGUUUUCUUUCCAUUGUGUCUGUUGAUAUGAAUGCUGAUAUUUUAGUUUAAUUAUGAAUCCCUAAUAUCGUUAUAUUUCUGCUAUUGAUCAUGCUUAACGAGCUGGCUGUAGCAUUAACCUACAUCUUUUUUGGUUUAUCCCGCUAAACUUCAUCAUCUUCCUCUUAUGUUUGAUGAAGAAACGAAUCGGUCAACUCUAAGGCUUUUAAUGUUUUCUCUAUGCCUCUGCAUCAUCGGUCAACUCGGUCAUCAUCUUAAUGUUUUCUCUAUGCACCUUUAUCAUCUUUGCAGCGUUAUGUUCUGGGACGAUCUAUCUCGUUAUUCCAGGUUCCUCAGUGCUGGGGCAUAAAAUUCAUUGCCCUGAUUCCUUUUCCCACACAUAUGUUGUAUUUGAAAUUUUCUUCCUUUAAACUCCAUCGUAUUCCUAGUCUUGAAAAGUAUGUUCAUUCGUCAACUAGAUUUUUUAAUUUAUAAUUGAUUAAUAUAAUUUUCUGCGAAGUUUUGUGUUAAAAGUUUCUUUAAUAUUUGUUUCUCGGUUUGAAUAGCUUUGAUAAUCCUAUCUUAUGGUGUGUAGAAAUUAGUUUAAUGUAUCACCUUGUGGAUUUCCUUCUGGAGACAACUAAUUCCGUAAUGUUGAGAAAUGCAACAGGCUUAUAUACAACUUAUUUCUUGCAGGAAAAGAUCAUGAGAGUUCCAUAUGGUGAAAAUAAAGAGUAUUUUAGGUAUUCAUUAUUUCUUGUAUUUUGCAACCGUAUUGCGACUUCUGCUGUCUCAGCUGGUGCGCUACUGGUAAGAAGCUUAUUUUUCUGCAAUUGUUCCAAUACCUGUGGAAUCUAAUUCUUCAAACCUCGAUGCUUAUACAGGCUAGUAAAAAAGACUUACAUGCUGUUGCCCCAAUCUACAAAUACUGUGCAAUAUCAGUCUCUAACGUUCUUACCACUUCAUGCCAAUAUGAGGUAAUUUCUGUUCAUUUUUAAGUUAACAUCUUCUUACAAUGAGAAUCAACAUGAGCGAGACUUUUCUUGACGCCACAUGUUCUUCAUUCUCUAAUCAGCUUUCGAUUUUUUCAGGCUCUGAAAUAUGUUAGUUUCCCAGUUCAAACGCUUGCCAAAUGUGCGAAGAUGAUUCCUGUAAUGGUGGGUCCACUCAUUGCUGCUCGAUAUUUUUUGUUAUUAUCUCUGGUUUGGGCAUCUGUCCUAAUUGUUUGUUGUAGAUGCCAUAUUCCAUUGAUCGAAUGUAAUUUCCAUUUUCUGUUGGAAUUUUAAAAAGUGUCUGGACGUAGUGCUUUUUCUCCUGUUUGUUUAUAUAUUAACGGUCAUUGUAAUACCAAAUAAUUUAUUUUUUCUCUAAUUUCUCCAGUUUUCUUUGUUAGAAGUUCUAAGAGAAAAAGGGGAAAAAGCAUGCAAUGAUAAUUUUUUUUACGAUGAAACUGUCAUUUGUUGCUCCUUCCAGAUAUUACUCUCAUGGCAGGAUAUAUGGGUGUAUUUUCUUUCGUUGACAUGUGAAGGAGCUAUAAAGUUGCUUUUAAUAACUAAUGGUAGUGUUGGGCAGGGAAAUGUUACAAGAAGAAACAAACAAGCGAUUAUACUGUAUAAUGAAGGUGAAGGAAGUACCCACAUGAUGAUAUCCUUGGAACUUGAGAUCUCAUGUGAGUUGGCAUUCGUGUGUAGUUGAAGGAUAAUUUUUUUUCCUUCAAAGAAAGGUGGUCUUCAGGAGUUUUCACUGUGAAUGGUGGGAGCCAGUUAAAUCAACUGAAGGAUAGAGAAACUGGACGAUUUAAAUAAGUAAUCCCCAAUACAUUCUCCCAGCAUUAAUGAGGAAAACUCCUGGUUAUCUCUUGAAUUUUUUAGAACAAUUUUAGCUCAGAUUUUACGAAUAUUUCAUUUGGAAUACGAUCACGAUCAUCAUGCUUGUGGUUUUUAUUGUCUGCUGGUGAUUUCAGGUUUGGGGAAUCCUUAUUAUGCAAAAGAAGUAUUUUCGAAAGGACUAUAUCUUUGCUUUUCUUGUGACUUUGGGAUGUUCAAUAUUCAUUCUUUAUCCGGUAAUGACUUCUUGCCCGAUCAUUUUGAAUUCCAUAUUUUGUAUCCUCCCUUUUGAUGAUGCAUUAGUGCUAGUGAUUUCUCAAUUUUUUCACAUUCUUCCAAACAUUUAAUGUUCUUCAGGGAUAACAACUAAGUGAUUAUAUCUCCCUUUCCCACCUCUGUUCAUGACAUGGUUCCUCACAACUUUUUUAGUAUAACAGUGUCAUUUAAAUUAUGUACACACAUCAGCUGAGAAGUACCAAAUAUUGAUAAGUUAUACAUAAGCCAGACGAAUAAGACCGAUGGCAUGCCGUAUCUUUUCUUAUUUCAGUAGUAAUGGUAACUUCCUCUUCAGGGAAUCACCAUGGCGUCUGCGUCGUCCAAAUUCUCUAAAUGAAAGCUUCUUUUUGAGUUUCUCUAACUAGUAGGUUGAAAAAAAGUCAGUAAUUGGGAUUUUUUUGUCUUUGGUUGGUUCGUAGUAGUCAUAUGUGCAAAUGCGCUUUUGAUUCUUGUCUGGUUUCUUUCAGUUUCAAUUCUAUUCAUCCUGCGGUUGAGCAAAAAUCGGCUUUACUUGUUUCUAGGCCUUACAGUUGGCUGGAAAGCCUUUCAUUGAUAUCUGAUAAUUUGAAAUUUCUGAGCUAUAUUGCGAAUGAUUUCUUUCCCUUUCCCCCAUAAAGUGCAGGCCUCAACAGACAUUAGUCCCUACAACUCGGGAAGGGAAAGCACUGCCUGGGGAGUUUUUCUAAUGCUUGGCUAUUUGGGGUAUAUAAUUUAUGUUCGUUGUCUAUUUUUGGUGUGUGCAUUAGCUGCAUCUUUUAUCAUCAAUAUCUUGUGACUAUGUCUGAUGAUAGAUCCUCACCACUCCUGGAUGUUAAAACCAGAGGAUAGAUAGAGUUGAUUUCCUUGUCCUUCUGAGAUCAAUUUCUGUAAUGAGUGGAGGCUAAGUUAUUAAGUACAGGGUUGUUCUUACGUACAGGCUAAAUUAUUUCUGCACUCUGCUCGUCGUGAGCAACUAAGUCAUGCUCCUCACUGACCUUAGAGAAGUACCGCAUUUGUUUUUGAUUAUUUCUUGAAACUUGUUGAUAUCUCGAACUAGGCUUUUUUUUUUUGUUGCGCUCAUUAUAUUUUGAAAAGGAUGCAUAUUAUCUCACCCAACCUCCGUACAGUUUGCUUUUCCUCUUGUGCGAAUAGUUGAGGAUUUUUUGUGAACUGAUUUUGAGUUUUCCAAUAUUUUCUAUUAAAUCCAAAUAAUGGGCUACUUAUUUACACCAUUCUUGUGCAUAGUGGAGCUAAGCAGGCCGCUUCAAAGAAGAAGACUGUAAACUAGUUCAUUCUAGAUCACAUGCGUUAUACUUACACGCGAUUUCAUGGAAUAUGCUCGUUGCCCAUAGAAAAAAGGAAAAUCAGAUCCUUAUGGUUUGAAGUGGGUAGGCAAGAAUGAGGAAUGUAAGGCUUGCUUGCGUAUUUGUGGGUCUCAUUUAAGUAAAUGAUUUUCAUUUACUUAAGAGUAUUACAAGUUAAUAAGCAAGUAUCAUCCCUUUGUUACCAAUUAUAUCUCAUAUAGAUGCAAUUUUAUGUUAUCUUAUUUUCCGAGGAAUGAAGUGACAUUCAUUCCUGGGGAAAAAAAACUCCCAGGGGUUCUUGGGUUUCACCAGCCACAAUUCAGUACAGCAAAUAGUUCAGAUCCUACUCAUCUCUCCUUUGGAUUUACAAGUUCAGAUCAGCAUGCGCAGCUUACUUUCAAUUUUAUUUCUAUUUUUGCUCAUUAGAAAUUCAAAAAAGUACUAUUUUACAUCAUUAAUCUUCACAAAGUCAAUCCUGUAGCGUGGUUAUUCUCUGUCUCUGUCCAGGUUCGAUGGUUUCACCAGUACAUUCCAGGACAAGCUCUUCCGAGGUUAUGACAUGGAAAUACAGAAUCAAAUAUUCUACAUGACCCUCUGUUCCUGUAUACUCAGCUUAACUGGUACGUUCUUGCUGACAUAAUGGCGAAAGGUUUGGCCUUGGUAUUGUCAGAGAAAUGGGCCGUCUUCUGGGGAGCUCAAUGAGCAUCUUCACUAUUGGUGGCAAGUUGAUUCUUGAAUCGUUCCGUUGACUAUGGUCGAGUAAAUUUGCUGCAUACAUAUGGAAUGAAGAUGCGCAUUCCCAUCGAAAACCUGCUAUGAAUCCUGAAUCCCUUUUGAUAAUGUGACCAGAUGUAGUGGGGCAGUGUGCCCUUGUUUUCCUUGGGUUGGACUGAUGCUCUUCUUUCCGAAUUUGUCUAGGGCUUGUACUACAGGGGCAACUUCUCUCCGCAGUGGAGUUCGUCCUCCGCCACCGAGAUUGCCUAUUUGAUGUGGCCCUACUGUCCACUGUGAGUGAAAAUCCUCUUCUUAUGGAUCACAUCUAUGGAGAUAUCGAAUCAUAUGCUCGUCCUUCUCGCAGGUCGCCACGAUCAGCCAGUUCUUCAUCUCCUACACCAUCCGCACGUUUGGUGCUCUCACCUUCGCCACCAUCAUGACCACGAGACAGGUAACCCCGAUUCCUUCUCCUGGUCUCUCGAUCACCGUCAAGAAAACCCUAAAAACCCUAACACUCACAGUGCCGGUGCCCUGCUUGCCGACUCUUGACCUUGCAGCUGGUGAGCAUCUUCCUGUCGUGCGUGUGGUUCGGGCAUCCCCUUGGCUUCCUGCAAUGGACCGGAGCCGUAAGCGCACACCGGCUCCUCCUCCGUCGUCCUCCUUCCCUCGAUUCAAUGCGACUGACGGGCUCCGCAUUUGGACAGGCCAUCGUCUUCGGUGCUCUUUACACGAGCAACUUGCUGAAGAGCAAGCUGCCGAAGCCGGCCCCCUCGGGCGGCGACCUCGACGGUCCGAGCUCUGAAACGGGGAAGCCUUGA